AUGGGAUCACCGUUACUGUAUUCUGUUUCUCUGUCGAUUGUAGUUUUCUGGACAUCGGUAUCCAUUUCGGGAUCUUUUGGAUAUACACAGGCACCCAAUAACGAAACGUCUUGUGGGAAUAUCACUUGCCCAGAUAAUUCGGCAUGCCACAACAGUUCACAGGACGUAUGGACCUGUAUUUGUUUAGCUGGGUUCGAGGGAAGCAACUGCACUGAUCGAGAUGAGUGCGAAGGACAUCAUCCUUGUGGAUUCAGUGGCCACUGCACUAACACCAUCGGCAGCUUCACUUGCGGAUGUCUGACAGGCUGGACAGGGGAACACUGCAAUUUAAGGGAUGAGAAUGUUACAACAAUGGAGUGUUUGCCGGGGUAUGAUUAUUCCGAGUCGCGUAAACGGUGCUGGGAUAUUGACGAAUGUUCCAACAGUACGUUAUUUGAUUGUCCAACACAUAUGCAUUGCAACAAUACAAUGGGAGGUUACAAAUGCGUUUGUGACCUUGGCUGGAUAGGAGUUAACUGCACUCUAGAUGUCGACGAAUGUCUGUCUUCACCCUGCAAACAUUCUAGCAACUGUACCAACACACCCGGGUCGUAUAAGUGUGAUUGCACUAUUGGUUACGUAGGUCAAAAUUGUGAAUUGGAUGAUAAUGAAUGCUUAAGAAGCCCUUGCAAAAACAACGCAACUUGCGAGAAUGUCAUUGGUAGUUUUACAUGCAAUUGUUCCAACGGUUGGAAUGGUCCGAUUUGUGAUCAAAAUGUUGACGAAUGUUCGGUCAAUUCAGGCAUUUGUUUGAAUGGUGGAACUUGUUCAGAUACUCUGGGAUCGUAUACAUGUGUUUGUCCUGUAUAUUGGAAAGGCCGGAAAUGCGAGACUGAUAGAGACGAAUGUCUGAGCAGACCUUGCACAAACAACGGAAGUUGUAUAAACAAAAUAGGAAGCCCAUUUACAUGCGAUUGUGUUUCUGGCUGGGAAGGACAUGACUGUUCUGUUGAUAUAGACGAAUGCAAUCAAAAGUCCUGUAAAAAUUCAGGAAACUGCACAAAUUCACCUGGUUCCUACAAAUGUGAAUGUAACCGGUUCUGGUCUGGAUAUACCUGUGAGAUCGAUGCAGACGAAUGUCUAAGCCAACCUUGCUUGCAUGGUGGUGCAUGUCAGAAUAAUAUUGGUAAGACAUUCAAUUGCACAUGCCCACCUGGAUGGCAAGGUGAUAUUUGCGAAGUCGACAUAGAUGAGUGUCAAUCGAAUCCUUGUAGUAAAAAUGCAACAUGCACAAACACCGCAGGAUCGUAUAUUUGUAACUGUUCAGAGCCCUGGGAAGUUUUGACGCCGAUACAGCUGAAAAAAGAAAUCAUUUUAAAUUGCAAAACUUUCUUAACUGAAAUAUUUACGUUGUAUAGACGUCAGCGGGAAGUGGAUGCAGUAGCGGUCACCAUAACGGAAGGAGAAAUGGUUCCACCUCCUAUUAAACCGUCCAUGGUUAAGGAAAAACUGGAGGCGGAUAAGGGCGUCCGGCAAAUCGUUAUGAAAACCAAGUUCAAGUUUUCGGACCGGGCAUAA